AUGGCGGCACGAUCCCUGUGGAGAACCCGUUCAAGGCUCCUCGUUCUCGGCACCGCCGUAUGCGGUGGUUCCGGUGCCGCCUUCAUCGCUUCCUCCGAAGAUCCUUCCGCUAAUCUCAAGCUUUGCACCACCAUCCCCGUUCGUAUCUUCCGCAAUUCCGUCACCGCCGCCUCCAUUGCUUUCGGUCGAGCUCUUAGGUUAAAUUGGGAUUUUGCACAGUGUUCUCUAUUAAUAUGGCUUUGGCAUUUAUCUUAUCGCGGAAGCAGUGAGAGGGAUAAGGUUAAACAUGAAGUCCACCUAAGGUCAGCUCAUAAGCUCCAAGAGCUCUGUUUCAAAAAUGGAGGAAUCUAUAUCAAACUCGGACAGCAUCUAGGACAAUUAGACUAUCUUGUGCCUGAGGAGUAUGUUCGUACCUUGAGGGAGUCCAUGUUGAACAAAUGCCCUGUUUCUUCGUAUGAGCAAGUAUGUGAGGUUUUCAAGAAAGAAGUUGGAGAGACGCCUGACAAAGUAUUUGCUGAAUUUGACCCUGUUCCAAUUGCAAGUGCUUCCCUUGCUCAAGUUCAUGUUGCUCGCACCCAUGAUGGAAAAAAAGUCGCUGUUAAGGUUCAGCAUGCGCACAUGACAGACAGUGCAGCUGCAGAUACUGCAGCUGUUGGAUUUAUAGUGAACACCUUGCACCGGAUAUUCCCAUCAUUUGACUAUAGGUGGCUGUUAGAUGAAAUGAGUGAAAGCUUGCCAAAGGAACUAGAUUUUUUGGUUGAGGCGAAAAACAAUGAGAAAUGUCUGGAUAAUUUUAGGAAGCUGUCUCCCCAUAUUGCAGAGUUCGUUUAUGCCCCAACGAUCUAUUGGAACUUGAGCACCUCUAAGCUGUUGACUAUGGAGUUCAUGGAUGGUGCUCAAGUCAAUGAUGUGGCUAAGAUCAAAAAGCUUGGGAUUCAGCCCUAUGAAGUAUCAAAGCUUGUGAGUCAAACUUUUGCAGAGAUGAUGUUUAAACACGGUUUUGUGCAUUGUGAUCCGCACGCCGCCAAUUUGAUUGUUCGUCCAGCUCCUUCGGGUAAAAGGAACAUAUACGGCAAGAGAAAACCACAGUUGGUGCUUCUUGACCAUGGCUUGUACAAGGAGCUUGACUUCAACACGAGAUUCAACUAUGCUUCACUAUGGAAAGCUUUGAUCUUUUCAGAUGCUAAUGCCAUUAAAGAACACAGCGCAAAGUUAGGUGCUGGAGACGAUCUCUACGUGCUAUUCGCGGGUAUUCUUACAAUGCGACCAUGGAAACAAGUCAUUAACACAUCUGUUGAUCAUUUAGUCAUCCAAGGCACAAACGAAGAUCGCUCAGAGUUACAAACGUAUGCAUCAGAGUAUUUCCCUCAAAUCUCAGAGCUUCUCAGGAGAUUACCACGCGUAAUCUUACUGAUGCUGAAAACAAAUGACUGUCUCCGGUCAGUUAACAAUGAACUGUUGCAAGGAUCUUCGCUCGAAUCGUUCUUGAUCAUCGGGAAAGUAUCUUCGGACGCAGUUUUAGAGGCAAAGAGGUCACAGAAGAAAUCGUUGAUUAAAUGGUUUAAGGUCUGGCUUGAAGGACUAACUGUUGAAGCAAGGCUUUGGGUUAUGCAAUUCGCCCUUUGGCUCUUACAAGUCAGACAAGCCUUACCUCUAUAA